ACGCUGCGCGAAGACACAGCGACGGGAGCGGAGCAAAUGUCCAAAAAGAGGAGCUCUCUUUGGACCCUCAAGCAGGCUGAAUGAUCACCUCUGUCACGCUCUCUGUUAAGGUCCUGACUGUAAGCCAAGUGCUGAAUACAUUGCGUGUCAGUUAACAGCUGCCCCGGUCCUGUUCCCUUCAUGGCAGCAUUGUCUGCAUUUCCAGGAUUCCGGCUUUUAGAACUGCUUUCUGAUAGUCCUCCAUAUAAGCCACUGCCCCUCAUUUUCAUUGACUCGGCUUAGUAUUAUCGUGCUUUGCUCCUGGACUGUCAGCCCUGGAGGAGCUCUGGACACCUUGCCAAUAUUUGUAGUGCAGCCUCCUGACCAUCCAUCCCAUCAGCUAUGCUGUUCUCCCUACGGGAGUUGGUUCAAUGGCUGGGCUUUGCCACUUUCGAGCUCUUCCUGCACUUGGGUGCACUGCUAGUCUUCAGCCUGCUGGUAGCGCUGCAAGUCGACCUGUUUGCAUCUGGGAUGAGCUGGUGGCUGGUCUUCGUGCCACUUUUUGCCGCAGAUGGCCUCAGCACCUACUUCACAGCCAUCGUGUCAAUCCGCCUAUACCAGGAGGGUGAGCGGCGGCUGGCUGUACUGCGGCUGCUCUGGGUACUCACUGUGCUCAGUCUGAAGCUGGUGUGCGAGGUUCUCCUGUGCCAGAAGUUGGCUGAGGAGGAGCAGGCACGUGACCUGUGGUUCGGCCUCAUCGUCUCGCCGCUCUUUAUCCUCCUGCAGCUCCUCAUGAUCCGUGCCUGCCGUGUCAACUGAGCAUCCUGCCCAAACCUAACCUCUGACAACAGGGGGGAUGGAACACAAGCAAAGCUGCGCAGAGCCAACGUGUCAGACUGACCGCUGCAAGACCUGCCCCGAUGGACUUGCUAGCUUAUUUGCUGCCGUCCUGAGAGUGGAAGCGUUCGGAAGCGAACGUGGAAUUCAUAUACGGCUAAUGAUGUAAUAACCAAACGUCUGGACACUCAAGGUUUCAGCUUGCAGACGUGUCUUCUGCUGAGAGUCAAGUGGCUGGUUAUAACUGUCUUCCCCUCCAGGACUGUUGGGACUCCUGUACCCAUGUUUCUCCGCCCCAUCUUUUGAUGUUGAAAGCCUUGUCCUAAGCCCGAUUUAUGAUGUCUGUUCUGACAUUUUACAUGUUCACAAACUGACACCGGAGAUGUGUUCUCUUCCCAGAUGCUGUAUACCUUGUAAUAUCUGGUUGGUGCAGUCAAUUCAGAAACAUACAUAUUGCAUUAGACAUCUGUGGCAGUGUUUGUCUUCUUGAUUAUGCCUGUGCGUAGAAUUUUGAAAAAUCCGUAUGUUCACUUACAGUGAAACUGUAAAAUCGAUCCAUUUUAUUUGGUUCUGCCUCCAUCAUUUGUCGUCUUACUUGUC